CGUGCUGGGCUUGGUGAAAAUGUAUGCAGGUGUGUCCUUACGGUCCGUCUUUUCUAUUGAAUAUGUGACCUCUUAAUAGAAAUGUUGAUCAAAAGGUUCCCCGUACUUAUCUGGAGGGAUUGUCAUUAGAAUUGAAAAUACUAAAAGAAUUAUUGACUCCAUACACAAUACGCAUUCCGCUUCUGCAAAGUAUAUCACAAUAUAGUGUCAAACACAUUCUCUCAGCCUUGCAGUUGGAAUUUCUUUCAGAAGGAAUUCGUCGAGCAAUCUUUAUAUCACAAGAAAUAGAGAAUAAUUUGCCUUGUAAAAAGUGACAGAGCAGAACUAUGGAAAACACAACCAACCAGUACCAGAACAACUGGACGUGGGCACCUGUCUCCUGGGAAUGGUGGGAGAUCCUCCAACUCAUCCUGGCUAUCAUAGGGAUCAUUGGAAACUUCUUAGUGAUGAUAGUCCUGCUACGUCCAAGACAUCGGCGAUGUGCCACCGAUACUUUAAUUGGAGCUCUAGCAGUCGCUGACUUCCUGACAUCUGUCUUUAUCAUCCCGCACCAAAGUGUACUCAGUCUUCCAGACAACCCAGGUGGACAGGCAUACUGUAGGAUCAUCCACUCGUCUGUACUGAUGUGGAUAUCCAUAUGCGCUUCCAUCUUCACGCUCACUACCAUCUCCAUUGAGAGGUUGGCGGCAGUCAGGUAUCCAUCGUGUCACCAAGUUUUAUUCACGCACACACGUUUACCUAUCCUCAUCAUUAUUAUGUGGCUUAUUGCGGUCGUUAUCAACACGUUCAGUCUUUACGUCCACUUUGUCCAAGGUGGAAUGUGUGUCACGCAGUUCCCAUCCUCGGAAUUUCAGAAGUUCAUUGGGGUGUCCUUAUUCAUCAUCGAGUACGUCGUCCCGAUCAUCAUCAUGGUCACGGCCCACUCUAUGACGCUGUAUAGCCUCCGGCGUCGCAGCAAAUCGUCAAAUGGGAAUCAAGGUCAAGAACAGAUGGCACCGAAGCUCAAGGAGGCACAACGUCGUGUAUUACGGAUGCUACUCAUCGUCGUCAUCAUCUCCCGGGGGGGCCACUUCCAUUGA